AAAAAAGUAACGGCACCGUUUCGCUGCAGACAGGGUUGCCGAAACCCAGUUGAGCGAGAGCAAGAAACGAGUUAACGAGGCUAAUUAAACGAGUCCUGGCGGCCGACGAAGUGGAGAAGAAGGCUAUAGCUACAGCGGUCAGCUCUAAUCCGAAAUCUCAACUCCUUAAGAUUAGUUUCACAACUCUCAAGAAUCAAGUCAUUUGAGCACGGGACAAGGGAUUAUAAUAAAGCAGUACGUACAUGUGUUGCAACACAUGCAGAUUUCCUUUCAUCAAGAGACAUAUUCCUUCCCAUCCACACAAAAACCUCAUCUCCACAAUCAAGGAUGUAUGUUCCAUUGGUAUCUAGCAUGUCCCUCGUUAAAGCAUCUCCAUCAACAGAGGAUUGCGAAGCUAUCUCGGGGAUACCAUUAAAAGGACUUCACGGGAAGGACGAAUUGAUUUGGGCGGCUAACAAGAAUGGGAAAUACUCAGUUCGUAGUUGCUACCAGAUGCUUUCACCGCAUGUCGAAAAUAGGCAGGCAUGGACCCGAGUAUGGAAGCUGAAUCUACCACCUAAAAUGAAAACUUUUUUCUGGCAGGUGUGUACGGACUGUUUACCGUCUAAGGAGCGGUUGCUUCAGAGACGAGUAUCGGUAUGGCCGGUUUGUAGCACGUGUGGUGUAGACAGGGAGAGUACGCUGCAUGUUUUUCAGGAUUGUGUGCUAGCAAAAGAGGUGUGGUGGAGCCAAAAUAAAUCUUUUUUGCAGGUUGGGGCUACGACUUUUGCAGCAUGGGCUGAUGCAGUCAAAGGCAGGUGUUCCAAGGAAGAGCUAGAACAAUUUGUGUUGAUUUGUUGGAGUUUAUGGAAGUCUAGAAAUGAUAAAUUAUGGAAGAAUAUUAGCACUUUUUGGAGGGGUGUAGUAGCCAGGGGAGAAACGAUGCUGGCUGGGUGGAAGGAAGCCCGAGUUCAGCAGAGUGACUGGAAAGCUAGCUCCGGGGGGGAGCGCGGGGGAGGUGAUGGCACACAAGGCAAAUGGCAGCCUCCGGGAGCGGGCGUUGUAAAGAUAAAUGUCGACGCGGCGGUUCAUUCCCAUGGGGAUUGGCGGGGACUUGGAUUAGUAGCAAGGAAUGAUAAAGGCUCGUUCAUAGCAGGUAGAAGUGUCCGAGAACGGGGACGUUUCUCGGUCAGCACAACGGAGGCCUUAGCGAUUCGUGAGGCAGUUUUAUGGGCGGCACAAGCUGGGUGGGCUGAAGUGAUUAUUGAGUCGGAUGCACUCUCGGUUGUGCAAAGGAUCGCAGAUUCGGAUGGCAUCUCUUAUGAAGAUAAUAUUUUUGCUGAAAUUAGACAUAUGAUAGCUAGGUUUGCUAAUUUAAAUGUCCACUAUGUGCAGUGAUCAGCAAAUCGGGUUGCCCAUGCUUUAGCACGGCAGACCGUUUUGGAGUCUGAUUGCUUAUGGGUUGGAACCCCACCGGAUUGUAUUGUCAACUUGUUGC